AUACAAAGGAGCAGCUUUUUCUUUAUAAGUAUAGAGAAAGGAAGGCCUCUGCUCUUCACUGCGGCUUGCUGGUUGGUUAGCUGGCUGGUAUAGGUUGGGCUGACCAAAAUGGCUUUCUCUGUUUCCUCUUUCACACUUCUAGUCCUCUUCUCUUGUUUCGCUACUUUUCUUGUAUGCCAUGGCUUUCCUGUCCAUCACAACAACCCACUUCACCACCGCCGCCACCCUCGCCUUGCCAGUCACAACUACAGAGAUGCCCUGACGAAAUCAAUCCUCUUCUUUGAAGGCCAAAGGUCAGGCAAGCUCCCUUCUAGCCAGAGGAUCACAUGGAGGAGAGACUCUGGCCUAACAGAUGGCUCAGCCAUGCAUGUGGAUUUGGUGGGAGGGUACUAUGAUGCAGGAGACAAUGUGAAGUUUGGGUUCCCUAUGGCUUUCACUACUACCAUGCUUUCAUGGAGUGUAUUAGAGUUUGGUGGGUUGAUGAAAGGUGAGCUGCAGAACGCUAGAGAAGCCAUUCGUUGGGCAACUGAUUACCUCCUCAAAGCUACAGCCCAUCCAGACACCAUCUAUGUUCAGGUUGGUGAUGCUAAUAAGGACCAUGCUUGUUGGGAGAGACCAGAAGAUAUGGAUACUCCAAGGAGUGUUUACAAGGUAGACAAGAAUUCCCCUGGUUCUGAAGUUGCUGCUGAAACUGCGGCUGCUCUUGCAGCUGCUUCUUUGGUGUUUAAAAGGUGUGACCCCACUUAUGCCAAGCUUUUGGUCAGAAGAGCUAUCAGGGUGUUCCAAUUUGCAGAUAAGUACCGAGGAGCCUACAGCAAUGGGUUGAAGAAAUAUGUUUGCCCUUUCUAUUGCUCCUACUCUGGAUAUGAGGAUGAGCUGUUGUGGGGUGCUGCUUGGCUGCAUAAGGCGACCAAGAACCCAACUUAUCUCAAUUACAUUCAAGUUAAUGGGCAGACUCUUGGAGCUGCACAAUUUGACAAUACCUUUGGUUGGGAUAACAAGCAUGUUGGAGCAAGGAUUCUUCUUUCCAAGGCAUUUCUUGUUCAAAAAGUGCAAUCCCUCCAUGACUACAAAGAUCAUGCAGAUAAUUUUAUCUGCUCUCUCAUACAAGGGGCCCCUUUCUCUUCAGCCCAAUAUACUCCAGGUGGUCUGCUGUUCAAAAUGAAUGACAGCAACAUGCAGUAUGUGACUUCCACUUCAUUCUUGCUCUUAUCGUAUGCCAAGUACUUAACCUAUGCUCGCAAGAUUGUAAACUGUGGUGUGACCGCUGUCACUCCGAAGAGGCUAAGAAAUAUUGCAAAGAAACAGGUGGACUAUCUGCUAGGAGACAACCCAUUGAAAAUGUCCUACAUGGUGGGGUAUGGUCCAAGGUAUCCACAGAGGAUUCACCACAGGGGCUCAUCUCUACCGUCGAUGGCUGCACACCCAGCAAAGAUCCAAUGCUCCUCGGGUUUCAGUGUAAUGAAUUCUCAAUCCCCCAACCCGAACAUUCUUGUGGGUGCAAUAGUUGGAGGGCCAGACGAACACGAUAGAUUCCCAGAUAAAAGAUCAGACUAUGAGCAAUCCGAGCCUGCUACUUACAUGAACGCGCCCCUAGUAGGGGCACUGGCUUAUCUUGCUCACUCAUUUGGCCAGCUCUAAGCCCUAGCAGCAUCUCCAACUUGAUAGGCUAGGUGACUCUGUUUCUCGUUUUUAGUGGGUUGUUUUUAUGCGUCCUCAAAUACAUCUCUAGAUGUGCAAGUGGUUAAAGGGGUCAAGAGACCCAAGGCUCGAGCCCCAAACCUUGAAGCACAUUGGUCAACAAGCAUGGAUUACCUUGUGUUGUUUAGUUUAUUAAUACUUGUCACUAUAGCAGCUUCAACCUAUGGUGCGAGUGCCAUUGCCGUGCCCACAGCGGCGUUUGUGUAUGUAAAGGCCGAAUAUGGUGGCCCUAAUAGGAUAGCCGUUGGGCUUUUUUUUUUUUUUUAGUUAUGCGAGUCCGUUUUGGAACUUGCAUUAUGUCCACUAGUGUUUAACUUGCGAGAACCUUACUACUAUAA